ACCAUAAUUUUCGUGUUCCUUCACGCGAGUGCUGAAAAAGUCCGUCAUUCUAUCGAUUUCGUCGUCGUCACUGUGAGCUCAACGCAGGCAAAUACAGCAGCGGGCGGCUUUUGUACUCUUAAAUUCUCUGCGGAAACAUAAAGUUGAGGAAAACUAGGCAAAAGAGUUGCAUUUACGCUCGGAAAAAGGACAGGAAAAGCUGCUCCCAUUGACAGACACCGAGAAGGCAGAAGCCCUAGAGAACGCGUUCACGCUGUCAAAUUCCGCAUUCGCAGGGCGCCGGGACGGAACGCACCGCAUUGCACGAGCGGAUUCUGUAGGUUGGCGUUGAUACGACCGAAAAGUCUUGAGGCAUUGGGUGGUGCUGCAGCACGAAAAAAGGCGUACACCAACACACAAAUACCCGCUGGUGUAGUUUCGGAAAAGAAAAGAAGGCAAACAAACAUGGCUGCUCUGCCUCGUAGAAUAAUUAAAGAAACGCAGCGCCUGAUGCAAGAACCCGUGCCCGGCAUCAGCGCUAUUCCGGACGACCAGAACGCUCGCUACUUUCACGUCAUUGUGUUCGGCCCUGAGGACUCACCGUUUGAGGGGGGCCUAUUCAAGCUCGAGCUGUUCCUUCCCGAAGACUACCCGAUGUCCGCACCAAAGGUGCGUUUCAUAACAAAGAUCUACCACCCCAACAUCGACCGUCUCGGGCGAAUCUGUUUGGACAUUCUGAAGGACAAAUGGAGCCCGGCACUGCAAAUCCGGACGGUGUUGCUGUCCAUACAAGCGCUGCUCAGCGCACCGAACCCGGAUGAUCCGCUGGCUAACGACGUUGCGGAGCUGUGGAAGGUCAACGAAGCCGAAGCGAUCCGGAAUGCGAAGGAGUGGACGCAACGGUACGCGAACGAUAACUAGAGUCUGGCCGUUUCCGUUUGUCCUCGAAAGCCGAUUAUCGUUUAAAUAACAACCCCGAAGAACCAAGCGCCGGUAACUGUAACUGUGCAAGCAGUAGCAGUGUCCGCCUCUAAACAGUAAUAGAUCCCCCCUAGCCACCAGCCCUGUAUCCCAGAAGACUACAGAGUAAUCGCUUGCGCGAACGCGUUUUACUCUGCGUGAGUGUCUGUAUGUGUGCGCGUUCGUGUGUGUAAUAAAAAUUGUUUUCAAAAUUGAAAAUUGGACGAGCGAGUUACAAAAGCCACCACAGCUGUCAGAGCGUUCUACGUUUAUCGUCAACGGUAAGAAGGAUUUGUCCCGGGCCGGAAUGAAAGCCAACAGAUCAAACGUUCAACUUGUACGCUCAGUGAUGUGGGUGAAAAACGGUUGCAGCUCAUGUCGCAUUACCUUGGCUUUGUGCCCACUUACGGAAGUUCGUUCAACUACAUCCAGCUUCAGCUGACCAAUAGACGUGAACAGCUGAUUCCGGCUGACCAAUGCUUGUGUAGAACAGUAGACAAACACCAUGGAGAGAGGGAGUGUAUCGAAUUGCAAUCGAAGGUUACAACGUUUGGAGCCAGCUAUGCAGAAAAAUUUUCAAAGUCACAAUUAUCUAUUGUGUCUAUUACACACGCAAUUUUCUUUCCUGUUUUGACACAUUUAGUACUUGAAAAUGUCGCUAGCUUUAGUAAAAUUUAUCAAGGAAAAAGAUGUUAAAUGCCCCAGAGAGAGAUAAAACUAUUUAUGAAAAUUGAAAUGAAGGUAAGAUACAUUUCUCACCUCUAUGUUGACGAUUAACAAUGCGUUACUCUCUUUUUAGUGCACAAACGCAUUAUGUUUAUAUGACCUCUUUUCAAGAAGUUUCCCGUUGAGUUAAUGGGUAACGAUUCAGUUUGGGAGAAGUUGGAAUUUAGUGGCCAGUUUAUAUCUUAGCAGCGAACAGAAAAAGGCCUUGAGCUAGUUUUAAUACUAGUGAAUAUGCGCGAACAUAAAUAAGUAGUUGCAUCACGGGCGCGGUUAUGCACUGUGCUCUAAUGCACGUUUAGACCCCAACGGAAAUCAUGAAAAAGUUGUAAGGAGACAACAAAAGAAUCCUUGAAUGAUAUUGCAAGUAUAUGCGAUAAUGGAACACACACGUACGCCCGCAUGCACAGGCUCGCGCAUGAUUGUAAAAGACAGUCAAAACAGUUUACGUAAUUCUCUGUCGGCAGUAUAGAUUAAAAAAGAAUACGUCAAAUAUUGAGACCCUUUUUCAUAAGUAACGGCAAAAGAAAGAGUAAUUGUAGUAAUAAUUAAGAUGAUAGGGAAAAGAAAGCACAGAAGGAGAAGAAAAUGAAGCAUCGAAAGAAGAACAGCAAGAUAUAGAAAGUGAGUCAAUACACGCAGGAACACGCUGAAAGGUAGCACCGUACGUACGAUAAACUCUUGGAGCGAGCCCAAUCGCUAUUGCUAUCUGUUUCACUACAAAGUCUAAUAUUCAAUUCACAACAUCAAACAUGCGAUUAAAGACGCAAACGAGAAAACAAAAAGAAGUCAAGCAAAAACACUAUUGAAACAAAUGUAUAUUAGUAUGGGAAUUAUAAAUAAUUGAAUGAAAAUCUCUACCGAAAGUAUUGAUAA